ACUCGCUGCUCCCCAGAUUUGAGGGGGGGUUAGGAGAGGUCAGGAGCGCGCCCACCGCGCGCCCUGGGACUGUUCCCCUGUGCGCCCCUGCAACUCGCCUGGCCGUGUACCAUGAAGUUGCAGCCCCCCGUCCGCGUUUCGGGGCUCCCCUGUCGGACCCUCGGGGGCAGCUGCCUGCCGCUCCUCCUGGUGCUCUUUGCGGGCUUGGGCCAUGCUCAGAGGGACCCGGGGCUCAGCUACGAACCGACCGGCCGGGAUGGGACGCGGCUGCGGCGCCCCAAGGUGUACAGCCUGUUUCGGGAGCAGGACGCGUCUGUGUCGGGCUUGAGACCCUCGACGGACUGGGGGAGCCCCAGGAGGCCCCCCGAGGUGGAGAGCCGGAGGCCGGCCCGUGCGCAAUCGCCGCCGCCGAGGCGAGGACAGCCACCUGCGCAGACCUGGUCACGACGCAGCAGCGCUUCGGGGUCACGGCAGCAGCCCGCACCUCGGAUCCGUGCCGCCCCGGUCCUCCAGCGUCUGGGGACCCAGCCGAGGUCUGGAGCCGCGCCCCUACGCCCGCCUCGAGGGCGGCUUUCGGGGAGAAACGUGUGUGGGGGUCAGUGCUGCCCAGGAUGGACAACAGCCAACAGUACCAACCACUGCAUCAAACCUGUGUGCCAGCCGCCAUGCCAGAACCGGGGCUCCUGCAGCCGACCUCAGCUCUGUGUAUGCCGCUCUGGCUUCCGGGGAGCCCGCUGUGAAGAGGUCAUUCCUGAGGAGGAAUUUGACCCCCAGAACUCGAGGCCAGCAGCACCCCGGCGCUCAGCAGAGGGUUCCCCUCACUUGCGGAGGAGCAGCGUGACCAGAGAAAGCCCAGAAGCCAGAAGUGGACCAGCAGUGCCUCAGCUACCCCUGGCCAGGACCUUGAAUGGACUCAGCCAGGCCCACUCCCACACCCAGCAGCAUGUGGGGCUGUCUCGGACUGUCCGCCUGUACCCGGCCAAUGCCGCCAGCCAGCUCACCUCCAAUGCCCUGCCCGCUGCACCAAGCCAGGAGCAGAGGGAUGGCAGCCAGCAUGCAGUCUCCCUGGAUCCCUCAUCAUCCCCCUGGGGGCUCAACCUAACAGAGCGGAUCAAGAAGAUCAAAAUCGUCUUCACCCCCACCAUCUGCAAACAGACGUGCACUCGUGGGCACUGUUUCAACAACUGUGAGCGUGGCGACACCACCACCCUGUACAGCCAGGGGGGCCACGGCCAUGACCCCAAGUCCGGCUUCCGUAUCUAUUUCUGCCAGAUCCCCUGUCUGAGUGGGGGCCGCUGCGUGGGCAGAGACGAGUGCUGGUGCCCCUCCAAUGCCACUGGGAAAUUCUGCCACCUGCCCGCCCCGAGACUGGACACGGAGCCUCCAGAAAGGGGCUCCCACCACAGGGGCUCACUGGGAAGCCCUUUGAGGCAGUCUACGUUCACACUGCCUCUCUCCAACCAGCUGGCCUCCGUGAACCCCUCGUUGGUGAAGGUGCACAUCCAGCACCCGCCUGAGGCCUCAGUGCAGGUCCACCAGGUGGCACGGGUGAAGCCAGGGGCCCGAACCCCGGAGGAGAACAGCGUGGAGACCAGACCUGCCCCUUGGCUGCCCGUCAGCCCAGGCCCUGGCCCUUGGGACAGCAACAGCAUUCCGGUCCGGGCAGGAGACAGCCAUCGGCCACCACCCCCGGCGGCUCCCCGACCGAGGGGUCCUCUGGGCCGAUGUUUCCUGAGUGCUGUGAAUGGCCAGUGUGCCACCCCCCUGCUGGAGCUGACUACCCAAGAGGAUUGCUGUGGCAGUGUGGGAGCCUUCUGGGGGGUCACCUCGUGUACUGCAUGCCCGCCUAGACCAGCCUCCCCCGUGAUUGAAAACGGCCUGCUGGAGUGUCCCCAGGGGUACAAGAGACUGAACCUCACCCACUGCCAAGAUAUCAACGAGUGCCUGACGCUGGGACUGUGCAAGGAUGCCGAGUGCGUGAACACCAGGGGCAGCUUCCUGUGCACCUGCAGGCCUGGUCUGAUGCUCGAUCCUUCCCGAAGCCGCUGUGUGUCGGACAAGGCCAUCUCCUUGCAGCAGGGACUUUGUUACCGGUGGCUGGGGUCCAACGCCUGCACCCUGCCUCUGGCCCAGAGGAUCACCAAGCAGAUAUGUUGCUGCAGCCGCGUGGGCAAAGCGUGGGGCAGCCAGUGUGAGAAGUGCCCCCUGCCAGGCACAGAGGCCUUCCGGGAGAUCUGUCCUGCUGGCCACGGCUACACCUACUCCAGCUCAGACAUCCAUCUGUCCAUGAGGAAGGCCGAGGAGGAAGAGCUGGCCAGACCCUCGCAGGAGCACAAGCAUCAGAGCAAUGGGACCCAACCCAGGCCAGCCGAGAGGCAGCCACUCAGGGGAGUUGCCCACACAUGGCAGGAAGUUGGCACUACCCCUGCCACAGGAGAUGCUCAGGCUGGCCAGGUGGAGACCAGUGUGACCCAAGUCCCUGCCUGGGUUCCAGAGGAUGCCAGAGGAAGACCCGCAAUGCCCCUGCCUGCACAGAGGAGUCCAGAGACCUCAACAGAAGUGCCAGUGCCCAUCUCCACCCCCACUGAUAUGCAGGUGGCCCCGGGUCCUCCAGAUAUAGAUAGAUGCAUCGCCAACAUCUGCGGCCCCGGCACCUGUGUGAACCUCCCUGAUGGAUACAGAUGCCUGUGCAGUCCUGGCUACCGGCUACACCCCAGCCAGGCCUACUGCACAGAUGAGAAUGAGUGUCUGCAGGACCCCUGUCAGGGACGAGGGCGCUGUGUCAACCUUGUGGGCUCUUAUUCCUGCUUCUGCCACCCUGGCUAUGAGCCAGCCCCCUCAGCAGGUGUGCAGGCGUGCCAAGACAUAGAUGAGUGUGAGCAGUCGGGGGUGUGCAGCGGGGGGCGAUGCACCAACACAGAUGGCUCAUACCACUGCGAGUGUGACCAGGGCUAUGUCAUGGUGAGAACAGGGCACUGCCAAGAUGUUGAUGAAUGCCGUCAGCCUGACACCUGCCCCAGUGCAAGAUGCGUUAACUCACCAGGCUCCUACACCUGCCUGGCCUGUGAGCCGGGCUUCCAGGGCCAGCGUGGCAGUUGUGUAGACGUGAAUGAGUGUCUGACCGCCGGGGUCUGUGCCCACGGAAGCUGCACCAACCUGGAGGGUUCUUUCCGGUGCUCCUGUGAGCCGGGCUAUGAGCCUACCCCCUUAGGGAAGGGCUGCCAAGAUGUAAAUGAAUGCGCCCACCGGGCCUCGUGCCCCACUGGCCUCUGCCACAACACCGAGGGCUCCUUCACCUGCUCGGCUUGUGAGAGUGGCUACUGGGUGAAUGAGGAGGGAACCGCCUGCCAAGACCUAGAUGAAUGCACCUUUCCGGGCGUCUGCCCCACCGGUGUCUGCACCAACACUGUGGGCUCCUUCUCCUGCCAACCCUGUGAUCAGGGCUACCAACCUGGCCCCCUGGGCCGUGUGUGUGAAGACGUGGACGAGUGUGAAGUGGUCCCGGGCAGCUGCCAGGGCGGCGAGUGCAGGAACACAGUAGGCUCCUACCAGUGCUUGUGUCCCCAGGGCUUCCAGCUGGUCAAUGGCACUGUGUGUGCAGAUGUGGACGAGUGUGUGGGGGAGCAGCACUGUGCACCCCGGGGCGAAUGCCUCAACAGUCUGGGCUCCUUCUUUUGUCUCUGUGCCCCUGGCUUCACCCCCAUGGACCAGGCCACCCAUUGCCAAGAUGUGGACGAGUGCGCAGGCCCAGACCAGUGUCGGGGAGGGCGCUGCAUCAAUACUGAGGGCUCCUUCAGCUGUCUCUGCGACACCGGCUUCCAGCUCUCUGCCCAAAGCAACGAGUGUGUGGAUAUCAAUGAGUGCGAGGACUAUGGUCGCCCAGUGUGUGGGGCCUGGCGGUGUGAGAACAGCCCUGGUUCCUACCGCUGUGUGCGGAGCUGUCAGCCCGGCUUCCACAUGGCUCCAGCAGGAGAAUGCAUCGACAUAGACGAGUGUGCCAAUGACACCAUGUGCGGAAGCCACGGCUUCUGCGACAACACGGACGGCUCCUUCCGCUGCCUCUGUGACCAGGGCUUUGAGAACUCCGCCUCAGGCUGGGACUGCGUGGAUGUGAACGAGUGUGAGCUCAUGCUGGCCGUGUGUGGGGCGGCGCUCUGUGAGAAUGUGGAGGGCUCCUUCCUGUGCCUCUGUGCCAGCGACCUGGAGGAAUAUGAUGCUCAGGAGGGACGCUGUCGUCCUCGGGGAGGUGGAGGUCAGAGUGUCCCUGAGGCCCCCACAGGGGACUAUCACCCUCGCCCCAGCCGCAUGGAGUGCUACUCGGGGCAGGAAGACCAGCCCUGCUCCAGCCUCCUGGGCCGGAACACCACGCAGGCCGAAUGCUGCUGUACCCAGGGCGACAGCUGGGGGGACACCUGUGCCCCCUGCCCCGAAGAGGACUCAGUUGAAUUCAGCGAGAUUUGCCCGAGUGGGAAGGGCUAUAUCCCUGUGGAAGGCGCCUGGAUGUUUGGGCAGACCACCUACACGGAUGCAGAUGAAUGUAUGAUGUUUGGGCCUGGACUCUGCCAAAAUGGUCGGUGCCUCAAUACGGUGCCUGGCUAUAUCUGCCUGUGCCAUCCUGGCUACCACUAUAAUGCUGCCCGCAGGCAGUGCGAAGAUCAUGAUGAAUGCCAAGACACAGUGUGUGAGAAUGGCGAGUGUGUGAACACGGAUGGCUCUUUCCACUGCUUCUGCAGCCCACCGCUCACUCUGGACCACAGCCAGCAGCACUGCGUGAAUGGCACCAGCAGCCCUGAGGAGCUGCCGGACCAUGACAUCCACAUGGACAUCUGCUGGAAGAAAGUCACAGACUACGUGUGCAGCCAGCCCCUGCACGGGCGCCGCACCACCUACACGGAGUGCUGCUGCCAGGAUGGCGAGGCCUGGAGCCAGCAGUGUGCUCUGUGCCCUCCGAGGAGCUCUGAGGUCUACGCUCAGCUGUGCAACGUAGCCCGGAUCGAGGCAGAGAGGGAGGCUGGCGUGCUCUUCCGGCCUGGUUAUGAGUAUGGCCCAGGGCCUGACGACCUGCACUACAACCUCUACAACCCAGAUGGGGCUCCCUUCUACAACUACCUGGGCCCUGAGGACGUCAUCCCUGAGCUGCCCUUCUCCAACCCGGCCAGCCACACAGGGGACCACAGACCUGUCCAGGAGCCACCGCUGCCACCCUCUGAACUCCAGCCCCACUAUGUGGCAAGCCAGCCAGAAUACCAGGCUGGUUUCGAAGGCCUGCAGGCAGAGGAGUGCGGCAUCCUGAAUGGCUGUGAGAAUGGCCGCUGUGUGCGUGUUCAGGAGGGCUACACCUGCGACUGCUUCGAGGGCUUCCACUUGGACAUGGCCCAGCUGGCCUGCGUGGAUGUCAAUGAAUGUGAAGACUUGAACGGGCCUGCUGCACUCUGUGACCACGGACACUGUGAGAACACCGAGGGCUCCUACCGCUGCCACUGUGCCCCGGGUUAUGUGGCUGCAGCAGGCCCCCCACACUGCGUCACCGAGGAGUAGCAGUGGGGGUUCACUGUGAACAGCUGUCUGGAAUUGGGGCCUAAGACACUGGCAGGGGCCUUAAGGGAGCUUACCCAGCAGGGAAGACCCUGGAAGACAUCAGGCAGGAGGCUGUGCAGCUCAACUUGCGGCCAGUCUCCCCGGUUUCCCAGCUCAGGCGCUGAGCUCGUCGCCUCCAUGCUGCAUAUCCUUGCUUGGCUCCAGUACCAACAAAUAAGUGCUUUAAUGCUUCUGCCACUUUUCAUGAGUCCCGGCCCAUCUGUCCUGGCUCUGACAUGGGAUACGUAAAGAGGGAUGGACCCAUCUACCCGCUCAAGCAGCGCAAACAUGCAAGGUCCUUUUGCUUAACAUCAGAGACACCCUUUCCUGUGUAGUCCAUGCCAUGCUCAUCCUGAUGAUUCCACAAGUCGGUCAGACCCUGGGCUGGUCCUUCACUAUCAAUGGAGCAAGGAAAGGCUGGUGGAACCUAUCACCAUGAGUUUUGGAUGUGGACCAGAUUUUGCCACGUUGCCAUCUGUGGCUUCAGAAAGGAGCAAAUGGUCUUGUGUCAGUGAAUUCUAAGCUGCUGCAAGCAAGACAUAAAGGAAGGAGAGCAAGUAGCCUGAGAAAGAAGGCAGGAUGGAAAUUUGCUAAAGGGAGUCAGGGUUUUAUGCCAGUCUAAAACAAAAUAAUCUGUAGUUGGGAUGAAUAAACUAAAUCUACAAUCUACCCGGGGUAGGUUCCCAUGCACUGCAGUAAGGGCUACAAGACAGGAAGCCCAAGUCAAAAGACCUUUAGUAGAAAACAUACUUCUUAUAGAAACAAAUCGUCCCUGCAGCCUGCAAAUCAGUUUGAUGUGCUGAAACAUAAAAAGGCCUAUUUUCUAGCUUGUAAAAUACAGUAUUAUCUUGUUUAGGGGAAGCCAGAUCUCCAAUGGUUCUCACCUGAACUAAAAGGCCUCUCUGCCCUCUUUCCUUUGGGAAGGAGCAGCCUGUGGUCCCAGGUUUACAAGCUGAGAUGGAUUCUAAGCCCCAGGGAAUAAAGAAACAUACAUCUGG